GUAUCACCAUUUUUUUUUUUAUAAAGCUUGAGAUGCAAAUUACUGAUCUUCAAUUUGAACACCAUGUACAAGUUACUUCCUCAGUUAGACACCCAAGUUUCUGAUCUUCUAAUCUCCAAAACCACAUCACCAACUCUUGUUCCAUCAAAUUUCCUCAGAGAAGCAGUUUUUGCAGGAGGUAGUUUUCUGGAUCUGGAAGCAGCCUUGGGAGCUGUAAAUGGAAUUGUCAAGACAGCUACAGGCUAUUGUGGAGGAACCCUGAAGAAACCCACCUAUAGAGAGGUUCGUGAAGGAAAAACAGGACAUACAGAGGCUGUAAUGGUCAUAUACGAUACAAGAAAAGUAUCGUAUGAAAAACUGUGUGAUAUCUUCUGGGAAACUCACGAUCCAACCAACAGAGACCACCUGAAUUUUGGAGUGAGCGGACACCGGAGAUCAGCCAUCUUUUACGGGGAGGAAGAGGAGAGGAAGCAGGCGCAGAAGUCGAAAAUCAGACGGCAAAUGAAGCUGAACAGGAGGAUCUUGACGAGGCUGAUGGAGCUCGAUUCGGUUUUCUACAUGGCAGAGAAUGAACACCAGAAGUAUCAUCUGCAGAAAAAUUACAGGCUGUGCGGAAGCUUGAGUCUCAGAAGCACUCACCAAUUCGCAGAAUCAACCAUUGCUUGCAAACUCAACGGGAUUUUGGGAAUGAAUGGGAAAGAGACUGUGGAUGAAUUAAGAGCAUUUUUGAAGAGCAACGAGCUGGCAAAAGAGGCCGUGUUGGUCUGCGAGGAAACAAUAGAGGAAAUUUCAAAAGGAAAUUAAUUACGAAUGCAUAAUAUUUUUAUUUAAUACUAUCUUAGUAUUAUUCCA